UUGAAUUUAGAGUUGAAUUUGUUCCCGGCGUCAUCUGUUCGCUGCGUGGUUGUCAAGCCUGUAUUGGACGCCGUCCCUCCGGUUCUUGUUUUGUUGUUUUCAAGAAAUUAUUUAUUAAAAUUCGAUCUCACUCUAAUCACUGAGAUCAUCAGGGUCAUUCCUUCAAUGUUUUUGCCAAAUCUCAACAUUGUCUAGCAAAUUAGCAAUGACUACCAUUCAGACAGAUAAUCAUGGAGAGCCUCAAAGAACUGAUCUGAAUUGCAAAGAAACUGCUAAGGCUCAGAAUUCAGCAUCUUCAUUUAAAAGAUGGGGUAGAAAAUAUCCAUUUGUCAGAUAUGGGCUUCCAAUGAUCUCUCUUACCGUCCUUGGGACUAUUGGACUUGGUCAUCUCUUGCAAGGCAGCAAGGACAUUGCAAAGGUGAAAGAUGAUCAAGAAUGGGAAAUAAUUGAAACAAGAAAAGCACUGUCUAGAACUGGGCCGGUGGAUGCGUAUAAACCAAGAAAAAUUUCAUUGGAGGAGGAGUUACAGGACUUACAAAAGAAGGUGGACAUCAACAAAUAUGAGUACAAGAAAAUUCCUAAACCAAAUGAAGGCAAGCCAAAGUAGAACAAGCUGCGGAGCUAAAAUACCUCUUGUUGGAACAUCACAUGCAACGAGUAGUAAGCUCCAAUUCCACAACAACCCCCCCCCCCCCAAAAAAAAAAAAAGUGAAAAAUCCUUCUGAGGAUAGAGCCAAUUCUUGUUGUGCUCGUGAAAUCCUGACUGACAUGCAUCUUUAGUGUUAUUAGCAUCUUUAACCCUGUAGGAAAGGAAGUUGAGAUAAAUAAUGGAUGAUUUUGGGAGUUUACUUCCAAGAAUUUUGAGUUUCAAUCAAUGAAUGAUAGAGGAUACGUGCUUGGUGAGUAUCCCAUUCGUGUAAGAAGGUCAAUAUCUUUUCCAUUGGUUUGCUUUUUCCGUAAAUUGUUAGUGGUGGUUAGGUCAGAAAAUGAACCUUGUCACCUCAAACGUGUUCAUUGUAGAUGGAGCAAAUUCAAAUUUGACCCCGUAUAUUUUAUUCAGUAA